AUGGUGUGGGCGCUGAUCCUGGCCCUCUGUAAUGGGUUGCUGCCCCUCACGAGCGCGCUGGACGCCAUGGGCCCCCACGCAGCAGUCCGCCUGGCGGAACUGCUGACCCCCGAGGAGUGCAACCACUUUCGUUCACUCCUUGAGGUACCCGAGCCCGACAUGGACCAGGAGCUGGCCCGGUUAUCUGAGGACUUGCUGGCGACGCCCGAGCCACCCGCACCCCGGCUUGGGGCACAGGACUCGGUGGGACAACAGCGGCGAGCGGCAGCGGAGCUGGUCCGGCUAUCUGCGGACCGGCGGGCAACGCCCGAGCCACCCACACCCUCGCUCAGGGCGCAGGACUCGGUGGGAGAGCCGCAGCGGGCCACAACCGCGCAGGCUUCGGAGGAGAGGGAGGGCACGUCCGAGUCCAGUGAGGUUUCUGACCGCUGCCGCGAGGCGCUGGCAACCUGGUUGGCCGCUCAGGCUCCGUCCCUGUCGUGGGACCGCGUGGCCCGAGCCCUACGGCGCAGUGGCCGCCCGGAUGUGGCACGGGAGCUGGCCAAGAACCUCCACCAGCAGGCGACGCUGCAGCUGCGGAGGACCGGCGCGAAUUACCUGCAGCAACUCCUGGCCCCAGCCCGGGCGCCGGUCCCGGUCCCCGCCCCCGUCCCGGUCCCGGUCCCCGCCCCCGUCCCGGGUCCCGUCCCAGGUCCCGCCCCCGGUCCCGCCCCCAAUUCCCGCCAAGGUCCCGCCACAGUCCCUGCCCCGGCUCCGCGUGCUCGCCGCGCCGCCGCCCCCGCGCCUGACUGGGACAAGCUGGAUCUGAUCAUGGAGCGCCUGCCGCAGCCCCCGUACACGCGCAGCCUCUCAGCCUGGGUGGGGCCGCUGGCGCUCGGCCUCCUUGCCGGCUUCCUGGGAGCGCUAUGCACCGGGGCGCUGAUCACCGUGCUCACGCUGUGGAUCACCGGCGACAACCGCGACGGCGACCCGGCGUGGCCUCGUGCCCGCGGCCAGGCCGCCGCCUCCCGGCCCAGGCCGGCUCGGACGCCCUGCAGCUGGGAAACGGAGCCGCUCCUGCCUCGGUCCUGGGCGCCGCAGCCUCCCUUGCCCCUCUGCCCGUCGCCGUGA